AUGGCGUUCUACGACGUGGGCACACGCUCCUCCGCCUCCUCAUCGCAUCAGCCGAGCGACAUGGCCGCCGCAGCCGUGCCGGUGGCCACUGGGUCUCCUCAUCUGCGGGUUCCGCUGGAAGCAGGGGCUGCUGGUUCCUCCGCGACUAGGCAAGCCGUGGACGUGCAAGAAGGUACGCCGACGACGAUGCGGCACUACCGUGGCGUGCGGCGGCGACCAUGGGGCAAGUGGGCGGCGGAGAUCCGCGACCCCGCCAAAGCGGCGCGCGUCUGGCUGGGCACCUUCGACACCGCGGAGGCCGCCGCGGCUGCCUACGACGACGCCGCGCUGCGGUUCAAGGGCGCCAAGGCCAAGCUCAACUUCCCCGAGCGCGUCCAGGGACGCACCGGCCAGGGCGCCUUCCUCGUCUCCCCUGCCAUCCCCCAGCCGCCGCCAGUAUCAGCUCCCCCAUUAUUGAUGCCACUGCCACCGUCUCCGGUGCCGUUAUUCCCGGACCUCAUGCGGUACGCGCAGCUGCUUCACAGCGGCGGCAACGUCGUGGCCAGCAGCACCGGUGAUCCCGCGGCGCUGUCGUCGGUGCAGAUUCUUGACUUCUCGACGCGGCAACUCCUCCGGGGCUCACCGCCGCCUGCAACGUUCGGCCGGCCGUCGAUCCGGACAUCGGCAUCGAUGUCUUCCACCACUGCGUCUUCUUCGCCAAGCAUGUCGGUGCCUCACGUCGAGGCCAGGGAUAGCGGAGUAGGCGAGGAGACUGGCACUGCUCCGCCUGACUGA